AUGUGGUCCUGCUGUCGCGUCGAGAUCUCCGGACAGGAGAUCAUUGCAGCUGACACGCAGGCGUACAGCUCCCCUUCGGUUGCAUCCAAAGUCGCAGAGCGGACGCCGACGACAAGCGGCGGCGACAGCUUCGGCGACCCCUCGCCCCUGAGCGUUGCGGAAGCAUCCAAGCGCCAGGAUUUUAGCCUCGCCAAGCACGAAUCCGUCAACGGCUCCACGAUCACGGGAGGCUGCAGCGGAUCCUCGAUUGACUCAUCCCUUGACCUGGAGGCCGAGCAAGUGCCAGUGCUGCCGGAGAAGGCGCCAGUGGAGGAAGAUCAGAUCAUCUUGACCAGCUUCAAGGCGCGGAUGGAGAAGGCCAAGGACAGCGUGGAGGCUUUGAGGGCGAAGCUGCAGGCGGACAUCAUCAAGGGCCGCGUGGCACAGAACGAGGCGGAGGCCAGGGAGUUGGGCUACUACUCCACAUCCACGCUGAUGAGAUAUCUCUGCCACACUGAUGGCGAUGUGAACAAGGCCUUCAAGGAGAUCAAGAGCACCGUGGAGUGGCGGAAGCACAACUUGCCCCCGGAGCUCUUUGUCCAGGCCUUGUAG